AUGCCAAACUGGAAUCAAAUACCAGCCGAAGUGUUAACCGAGAUCUUUAAGCUUCUCGAUCGUGCUUGUCAUGACACACUUGAAUGUCAACGAGGGGGUUUUCAGCGGAUGCUUGUUUGCAAGCACUGGUGUCGUAUUGCUCGAAUGUUAUUAUACAAGGAAGUAACCAUGUUGUCUAUCAAGCAACACGACACAUUUUUAUCAUGCAUGAGCCGUUCCACCACCCACACGAAUCAACUCGUCCAUUCAUUUAAAGCAUUUACCGAAAUGACCAAUGUCAAACUUACCAACGCCAAACUAGAAGAGGAUCUCGGUCUCAUUUUAAACGUGUUACCCAACCUACAACGAAUUGAGGCCGUACCCCAAAGGGCUUCCUUCUUUACCAGACUCUUAUUUGAACAUCACUCUCUCAUAAACCGACCAGCUCAACUGGUUGAAAUACCUGGCUUUUGUAAAAAUUGUGAACAAGAUGCAAGAGCUUAUCAAUAUGUUGUUUGGUUUCUCAAGACAACGCUCCAAAAAAUGAUUUUACCCGAUUGGCACAUCAUACACUAUAACAUAUCCACCCCAUUAGAGGAAUUCAAGAAUUUAACAAGUCUCGAACUCAGUGUCACUAGUUCUUCCCAAAUGUAUGAUAUAGGCACCAUUGUGACAAGAUGCUCCAACUUGAGUAGUUUACAUGUUGUGCGCAGUAACAGGUAUGAUCCCUAUGAAGCUCAAGAAAAUAAAGUCAUCGAUCCAACCCGUGUGCAAGCAAUACCCCGUAUUGUCCAUCUGCAGAUCGAUGGCACUUUGGUGACUACUAGUCAUUCUAUCAUGCGUCUCAUGAUGUUGCUAUUUCCACGACUUCAUUCAUGGUUUAUGGAUACAAACUUGGGCAAAUACCCUUAUCUUGAAUAUGAAGGACUAAGCAAAAGGAUACCCGUGGAGAUUUGGGUUCAAUUUUUAAACUAUUUGAGCAAGAUCCGUAAAUUUUAUGGUCGCAAUUUAGUGAUUUGUUCUUUGCCUCAGGUUCUGAAGGGAAUAUCUACAAGCACUGGGUUCUGUAAAAAUAUCAAGAUACGCUACAAUGAACCUUCUUUUGGACAGCGUCCUGUUUUGCAUAUCAGUUCCCCUACCGCCAUUGAUUCUUAUGAUGAUAACCUACUUGAAACCGUUGUAUCUUAUUUUCCAGUCAACGCCAACUUCAAUUUACCCCAUGUGUCUUUAAUCCAACAAAUUGGCUUUCAAUUAGAACAUUUAACUGUGGAUUUGGACCAGGUAUCCUUACAUCAUGUCAUCACUUAUGUAGAGUCAGGACGUGAUAAGAUAAUGACGGGACACUUUAUCAACCAUAUCUUUCAGCAUUGUCCAGUCCUAAAAACAUUAGUGAUCGCUGGAGUGAAUUUGGUCUAUUGUGACGACGGUACGAUGGAGGCGCCAGCAUCUUUAAAGCUUCUACAUUUUCAAAAUUGUAAAAUCUACCACGUGAUGAAUUUUCUGCACGACUUAUCGCAUCGAUUACCCUCUCGAUUGGAACUGAUGAUCAUUGAUCACUGUGGUUUUUCUUUGAACGAAUGUGAAUCCACAGCUCAUGUGGACAUGCCAUCGACCCUAUUUGGAUGUUUAUUUUUUUCGACGAGAAAACAGCUUGAUAUCAUGCAUUGGAAUUUGGCGAUCAAGGUGACCAGGGUGUCUAAACCCUCAGUUUACUAUCGAUUGUAUGACCAACAUAAAUUGCAAACGUUGUCGAACGAAAAAGAAUUCAAGAUGUGUGCCAAGAACGGACAGACCAUCGCUGUGGAAAUUACAUGUGCUGAUAUCGAAAAAUUGUUGGUGCGAGCCUAUGGGAUUCAAAUACUCAUCUUUCCAAAGGAACAAGUUGAAUAUGAAGAUGGUCAAGACUAUAUCAAUUCUUCUCCCGAGUUUCAGCAUGUUCAAACAGAAGCCUCUUACCUCCAUUCCCUAAUUUUUUAAAAAAAACAAACAAACAAAAAG